AUGUCAAAUUCUCAAUCUACUGAUAAUUUAAUGAACGAAAUUCUGUCGUUUCGUGAUGAUGCAUUUUACAACUUAGUCGAACAACAAUGUGGUACUGUCGUUCUCGAAAUUAUUAAAGUACAAGAUAUCUCAUCAGUUGAAUGCCUUCUUGGUGUUAAUAACAUAUUUACUUUUCUCGAGCUUGACUCAGAUGAAUUGCUUCCACUUAAAAAAAAAGCCGGUAUCAUACUCAAUGAUGGUCGUCUUGUCAUAAAAAAUGGAAUUAAACACAAGGUUGAAGCUUUUCUUCAUACUCUUCAUCAUCUUAAUCGUCAACAUUCGAGUUCUUCUCAACACAACUCCGAAAUCUCUCCUGAUCUGAUUAUUUCUGAACAAUUAUUACAAAAAUUUCCGUUUUUUCGAACACUCAUUAUCUACUCAAACUUUAUUGAAAAAAGCAAAAUUGAUUUUACGUUUUUUAAUAUUAUGUUAAAUAAUAUGAUCAAAAAUUUUGUUAUUGAAGAAAAAGGAUAUCGGUAUGAUAUUAUUGUUCGUCAAUUUGCUGCCAGUUUAUACAUCCUUGGUGGUCGCACAGCUUAUGAAUUCAUCCGUUUAAACAUUCCGGCAUUUCUUCCAAGAUUAUUUAAUUAUGAUGGUGUUCGAGAUUAUUUCAAUGCCAAUCAAUCAACCAUAGGUUUUUGUGCGGAAGAUUGUACGGCGAUCAUUCCCAAAAUUACAUAUGAUACAAAAUCAAAUACAUUUGUUGGUUUUUCACUUCCUCUUGACAAUAAUGGAAUACCCAUCACCAAUUCAUAUUCGACAGAUUCUUUUACUGAUCUUGAACAAUGGUGUUCAGAUCUACCACAGGCAAAAUCAAUAAACGCUUGCCUUAUUCAACCACUUUCUUUAUCAAUUAAUCAUAUCUCUCCGUAUCUUCUAGCAGCAUUCGGUACAGAUAAUAAAUUCAAAUCGUCAAACAUUAUUUUACGUUGGCAUCAUAUUUAUGAAGAAUGUAAACUUAAAGGUACUCGUAUUAUCGGCUAUGCAACCAACUGCGAUAGUCGUUAUUUACGAUGUAUGCGAAUAUCUCUUGGUUUUUUCGGACAUUUUGCAUAUGUUGAUCAUCCCGAUAAUCUCAAAAUUGAUCAUCCAAAAACUUGGUCUUGUGUAACUGAUACCCAGUUAACUGGCACUGGUGCAUAUCUACUUUUAGGUGAUCAGUUAAUUAAUAUGGAGCCACUUUUUAUUAUUAUUGAUCAAAUUUCUAAACUUGAACAUACACUUGUUCCUUCGGAUAUCAAUCCAAAGGACAGACAAAAUUAUAAAUCUUGUACCAAGAUUUCGAGUGAUGAAGUUUUAAACAUACUUGAACAAGUACCAAUACCAAAUUCAAUUGAUAAUACACAUGAAAAUAAAUUACAUUUUCCUCAACAUCAUAAAGUAUCAUCAACAUUACGAAAUGCUUCAAACUCAUCGAAUAUAACUAUUAUUUCGAAGACCGAUAUUGAAAAUACUGUACUUAAUGCUUAUAAAUAUGUAUCCAAUCUCUUCAAACCACUUAAAAUUAAGCAUCUUUUACGAAAUGGACAAACAAUACCAAUUAAAGAGCUUAGUGUCGCCAUUUCACGUCAACUUGAAGAAUUUUGGACAAUAGAAAACUAUGAUACCAGCAACAAAAAUGUAGACCUCGAUACUGAUUCAGAUGAUGAAACAGAGAAUAGUAUUGAUGAAGAUGUAGCAAAUGAUUAUGAGAGUGAUGAAGAAGUAGAUGUGUUUGAUUAUCAUUAUAAUAUAUCUAAUGUUAACGUAUCUGAAAAUCGUGGAAUAAGAUUGAUCGACAACGUGAAAGAAGAACUUGCUCAUACUUACUUUAAAGUAAAAGUUAAGGGUGUUAAAAAAUAUUUGCACAAACAAGCAGCGUGUUGGUUACUACAAAAGGACAAAACCACAUUAUCAUCAGAUCGAUUAUCACGUGUUAGAGGGGAAUAACAAUUUCUAUUUUCAGCUUCUUUUGUUUAACUAAAUAUAUUGUUGUGCUAUGUCAUAUUUAUAUCUUCAUUUUAUUGAAUUAUUAUUUUCUUCAAUAAAACUCGCCUAUACUCAAUGAAUCUCUAAUUAUGAUAAAAUCUAUGGAUAUGAAAGACAUUUUUCAUACGGUAUACAGAAAGCUAAAAGUUUCAUGGAUGCUAGAAAUUAAUUUCAAAUUAUUGGAAAUCACGAGAAAUCAACAGAAAUCAUCGGAAAUCAAUAGAAAUCAAGGAAAUCAACAGAAACCAUGGAAAUCAAUAGAAAUCAUGGAAAUCAUCGGAAAUCAUCAGAAAUCAUCAGGAAUCAAGAAAUCAAGAAAUCAGUUUGUUCCCCCUUGGAAAAACCUGUACAUUAAGUGCAAGUAUUCUGUUCUAAUACCUAGUAAUAUUGAGUAUUGCCCGCACAAUUUUAAUCCUUCAAGUCUAAUAGAUUGUUGCAUUUUUGUUAUUCUUUUCAAACUAGUCAUAUACUAUUUUCGAUCCAAGUUAAAGCUUUCUGAUUGCACAGUAGACUUCGCCAAAUGUUGGAUUAGUCAUCCAUUAAUAGAAAUCAUGAGCUGGGUUUAGACUCUAGUGAAACAGACGAGUUUUAUCCUACGUGUGGUUUUGCAUAGCACAUGGAAAUUGCUCCUAAAUAUAAAAUCAUACUAUGAAACUGGUCCCAUGACAGUUUAAAAUUUAUAUUGAAAAUGGUACGGGACUCAUCUGAGAAAAAUGGAAAAAAUACAAUGCUACACUAAAUCUAAAGGGAUGAAAUUUCGCUCAAAAUCCUAAAUACGUUUAUGCAUUACGAUGGAAUAGUUGCAUUCAAAUCAGAAAUUUUAGGAUAACUGGAGGAAAAAAUUUUCUAGUAUCCAUCGUAUCAAAAAUUGCAAUGAGCGAACAUAUAUUUUAUAUACAAAAAGGAAAAAUCUAACCUACUGCAAAGUUUCUAUUUUAAAUACGUAAUAUUUUAAUGAGCAAAAUACAGUAAAACUAUAAAAAAGAAAAAACUAAAAUAGCGAUAGCAUUCGAAAAUUUAACAACGUUCAUGUACAAUUAGCAGUCCAUGCAGCAUAAUCUUCAAUUAUUUUAACACCAUACUCAUAUUCAACUGAUUCAUUCAACCCAAGCAGUUCAAAACAAACUAAGCUUGAGAAUUUUCCGAAAGGAGGGGGGGUCGAUUUUCAAUGAAAUCGGCCCCCAUCAGAAAUUCGACUUUGUCUUAGCGAUAUCGUUGUAUUAGGUGCCUGAAAGCGUUCUAUUACAGAAUUAAUGAAAUACAGCUU